ACAAGUUUUGGAAGCAGCUAUCGGGAAAGAGGUUGAAAUUUAUACUUAGAAGCAUUGAGGAGGAAUGCAAUGGGCUGAAUCCACUGAAGAGGGGGUGAUACUCAAGUGGUGCUGGUUUCUAUGGGGGUGGUAAUGAAGCUGGUUCUGUUAGUGAUGGAAAAGUUGGCAAUAGAUUCACCUGCACCCUCCAGUUAGUGCAGUGAAGAAUCAUUACUAAGGAGGAAGUGCCACCCCAGAAAGCCAAAGAAAAGCCCAAAUCCCUCUUUAGUAUCUUCUGUUGGUGCCUGCCAUUGAGCCAGCCAAAGCAGAAGUGUGCCCUGCAGAGUCCCAGCCCUAGUAUCGCAAUAUUAACUAUAGAAGGGGAAGAAGAAGAAGAAAUUGAUGAAGAAGAAUUGGAAAGGUUGAAGGCAGAGUUAGAUGAGAAAAGACAAAUGAUUGCUACUGUCAAAUGCAAGCCUUGGAAAAUGGAGAAGAAAAUUGAAGUUCUCAAGGAAGCAAAAAAAUUUGUGAGUGAAAAUGAAGGAGCCCUUGGGAAAGGGAAGGGAAAGCGGUGGUUUGCGUUUAAGAUGAUGAUGGCCAAGAAAUGGGCAAAAUUUCUUCGUGAUUUUGAAAACUUCAAAGCUGCUUGCGUCCCGUGGGAAAAUAAAAUCAAGGCAAUUGAAAGUCAGUUUGGCUCAUCCGUGGCCUCCUACUUCCUCUUCUUGAGAUGGAUGUAUGGGGUUAAUAUGGUUCUCUUCAUCCUGACAUUCAGCCUCAUCAUGCUGCCAGAGUACCUCUGGGGUUUGCCAUAUGGCAGUUUACCUAGGAAAACAGUUCCCAGAGCUGAAGAGGCAUCUGCAGCAAACUUUGGUGUGUUGUAUGACUUCAAUGGCUUGGCGCAAUAUUCCGUCCUCUUUUAUGGCUAUUACGACAAUAAACGAACAAUUGGAUGGAUGAAUUUCAGGCUGCCACUCUCCUAUUUUCUGGUGGGGAUCAUGUGCAUUGGAUACAGCUUUCUGGUGGUCCUUAAAGCAAUGACCAAAAAUAUCGGUGACGAUGGGGGUGGUGAUGACAACACGUUCAACUUCAGCUGGAAGGUAUUCACCAGCUGGGACUAUCUGAUUGGCAAUCCAGAAACAGCAGACAAUAAAUUCAAUUCCAUCACCAUGAACUUUAAGGAAGCUAUCAUAGAGGAAAGAGCAGCCCAAGUAGAAGAGAACGUGCACUUGAUCAGAUUCCUGAGGUUUCUUGCUAACUUCUUCGUGUUUCUAACACUUGGCGGGAGUGGAUACCUCAUCUUUUGGGCUGUGAAGCGAUCCCAGGAAUUUGCACAGCAAGACCCUGACACCCUUGGGUGGUGGGAAAAGAAUGAAAUGAACAUGGUCAUGUCCCUCCUGGGGAUGUUCUGUCCAACACUUUUUGAUUUAUUUGCUGAAUUGGAAGACUACCAUCCCCUCAUCGCUCUGAAAUGGUUACUGGGACGCAUUUUUGCUCUGCUUUUGGGCAACUUAUAUGUAUUUAUUCUUGCCUUGAUGGAUGAGAUUAACAACAAGAUUGAAGAGGAAAAACUGGUAAAGGCCAAUAUUACCCUCUGGGAAGCCAACAUGAUCAAGGCCUAUAAUGCAUCACUUACUGGAAAUACCACAGGACCACCUUUUUUUGUGCAUCCUGCAGAUGUGCCUCGAGGACCCUGCUGGGAAACAAUGGUGGGACAGGAAUUUGUGCGGCUGACUGUUUCUGAUGUUCUGACCACUUAUGUCACGAUCCUCAUUGGGGACUUUCUCCGGGCAUGUUUUGUGAGGUUUUGCAAUUAUUGCUGGUGCUGGGAUUUGGAAUAUGGAUAUCCCUCGUACACUGAAUUUGACAUCAGCGGCAACGUCCUUGCUCUGAUCUUCAACCAAGGCAUGAUCUGGAUGGGCUCCUUCUUCGCCCCCAGCCUCCCGGGCAUCAAUAUCCUUCGACUCCACACAUCCAUGUACUUCCAGUGCUGGGCCGUGAUGUGUUGCAAUGUUCCUGAGGCCCGUGUCUUCAAAGCUUCCAGAUCAAAUAAUUUCUACCUGGGCAUGCUACUGCUCAUCCUCUUCUUGUCCACCAUGCCGGUCCUGUACAUGAUUGUAUCCCUCCCACCAUCUUUUGACUGUGGCCCCUUCAGUGGCAAAAAUAGGAUGUUCGAAGUCAUUGGAGAAACACUGGAACAUGAUUUCCCAAGCUGGAUGGCCAAGAUCUUGAGACAGCUUUCUAAUCCUGGACUGGUCAUCGCUGUUGUUUUGGUUAUGGCCUUGACCAUCUAUUAUCUCAAUGCUACUGCAAAGGGCCAGAAGGCAGCAAAUUUGGAUCUAAAAAAGAAGAUGAAACAGCAAGCUUUGGAGAACAAGAUGCGCAACAAGAAAAUGGCAGCUGCCCGAGCAGCUGCAGCUGCUGGUGGCCAGUAACUACAGACAAUGCUGGGACUCAGAAGUACUCCUCACCUUGCUGCUUAAAAGCACUGAUUCAUGUAAAAGGCAAGAACACAAGCAUUGUGAAGUUGCUGUUCCCCUGCUCUAACCCUCAUAGAUGGUCAAGGGCAUGCUGGUCAAUCAAAGCAUCAUCAGUCCUAGUCCAGCAAGGAAGAUCUCCACCUUGUUCCAAAUUAAGAGAUUUGUCCCCACUGCCACUUUCUUGCCUCACUCAUUUCCCUGGCAUUUCUUCUAACAAUAGAGUUUAAGGGUGGAUGUGAUUCAUUAAUACAGGUUACUGGUUUACCUUUUGGGUUAAUUAAAAGUAGUUUGCUCAUGUGGACUUUGGUUUUAUAUGUUCCUUCUGCCUUAGUUUUCUUUGCCUGGAAACAAAUAUUUCACCCCCUUUUUUUUCCUGCAGAGUUCGGAAAUAUCUUUAUAAAGUAUUAAUUGUAAUUAUUCAUUAACUCACAGUUUGAAACUGACAUCCUGUUUUCCUUCUUUUUUAUCUAUCUCCCCAUCCUGGGCCCCCACAACUAUACACUCAAGACUUUUUAUUUGCUGCUGGAUUCAGUAUGAAAAGGAAUGGCAUUUUUAAAUGAAAAAUCCUAAGGGAAAUAGGGGUCUAAUUAGCACUGGGUUGAAGGUCUCUCGUCUUGAGGUACAUAGGUCUUAGACAACCCACCUCUUUGUGAGUUAAAAAAAAAAAAAGACAUUGUACAUGGUUACAGUUCCAUCCCAGCCUGAUCAUGACCUCCAGUGAUCACAUCUCCUGAGUAUAGAUUCUAAUAUUCCAUAAUUUGUCUUUGCUUUUUGUUAAGGUUGGGAAAAUACACUUUAAUGGAGGAGAUUUAGUUUAUAGAUGUAUUUAAGCAUUAUUCUUUAUUUAAAGUUUGAAUUGACUUUGAAUAGCAGCAACCAAUGCCCUCGGUAAGAAUUGUUGUGUGACUUCCAUUACAUCUGCUAACCCAGUGUCCUUUUCCAGGGCUAAGCCAAUUUGCCUGCUAUUCCCUGCAAUUUGACUUGCUGGUUUUUAUUACCAUGUUUUUGAGUUUUUCCUUCUUUACUCUUCAUCUGGCCAUAAAACCAUCUCCCUGUUCCUCUGCCAAUUUCAUUCACUCAUCACUGCCAUGAUACAAAUUCAAGAUGUACUUCCUUUAGUUUCACUUUCAGAUUGGCUUCCAUUCCGAAUUGUAUCACUCCUCCAUAGGUUUCCUUGGACCCUAAUGUCUUUAAUUCGGAGUCUAUUAUUUAAAUAGAUUUUCCCGUGAUUUUUAACAGUUCUUUAUUGUUUCCUGUACACAUGGAUCAUCUAUCCUAUCCAGACUGUAAGCUCCCUAACAGCAGGGAUCAUGUCUUUUAGCUCUUUUAUAUGCCUAGUAUAGUGCUGUGCACAGGUAGGCACCAAGUAAAUGCUUGUUAAUUAAAUUGAAUCAAUUUAACUUAAAGCAGUUGCACUGUGAAACAAAAAUUUCUGUUAUCUGCAUGAGAAAU